AUGCUGGAGCUCCCCAGGCACCACCCACAGAGCAGGGCAAAGGAAUGGCUUUGUGCGGACAGUGCGCUCACGGAUCACAUCCCUCGCCUAAUGGUCCGUGGGAAAUGGGUUCGGAACCUGGGCCAGCACAAGCGGAUGGCAAACAGGUGCAAAAGGUGCCAUGGGCUUCUGAAGGUUCCCCCCCCGUUCCUGGUCCUCAGCAUUCUGGUCCUGAACCAGGCAGGUAUGCUCCAGACAGCGCCAUUCAGGUGGGCCUUGGAGAAUGGCUUUGAUCCCGCUACACUCACCAAUAAGGAAAUGUGCCUCCUACUGGCUGCAAUGAUGAACGAUUAUGUGCAGAUGAAGGCCCAUGAGCUGAAGCAAGAGACAGGAGGGCUUCACAUCACUGCCCAGAAGAGAUCCUGUAACACUGCGACCUGUGUGCCCCAUAAGAUGGCGGGCUGGUUGAGCAGGUCUGAGAGUGUGGUUAAGAACAACUUCACGCCCACCAACGUGGGCUCCAAAGCCUUUGGCUGGCACCGCAGUGACCUUCGCCUGAGCAGUGAAAUGACUCCAGGAAGAAAGGUCACCAAGGAGCUGAACUCCAUUUCUUUUAAUUUGCAAUGA